UUCAACACCACCACCAGAAAAAAACCAGGACAAAAGCAAAAAAAUCAACACAAUCACCGACGUUAAUUGACGACAAGAGGCCAAACGCAGGAGGCACACCAAACGAAGCGCGCCGCGUCGAAAUAUGGUUAUGUCGAUUUAGUUUGAUUGUUGCCGUUAAGUACGUACGAUAUGCAUCGAAUUUGUUUGUCCGUUUUUGGGAUUUUUGUUCUGGCCGGUGUUUUCGGGUUGGGACAUGGGUUUGGGGUAGAGAGGAGGAGUGUCGCCGUCGAAAGGGGGGCCGACGACUAUCCGGAUUAUCAGCUUGGCGUCAAAUAUGAUGAGUACCCUAUGAUUGUGCCGAAGAAGCGGACCGCUUUACUGGUGAACAGGCUAAUGGUGGCUCUGAAAGAGGCGAUCGACGAAGAGCAGAAGGAAUACGCGGGAAACAAGGAUUAUUUGUCCAAGACCUAUGCGGACAUGACCCCAGAGGAUAUUAGAUCAAUGGAUUUGCAGAGAAGAGGUCAUACAAAUAGCGGCCAGCAAAAAGGACGCUACUGGAGAUGUUACUUCAAUGCGGUCACUUGUUUUUAAUAUCGACCUACUUUUAUCGAGAAGCUUAAUUACACUUCAUUCAACUCCAAAAUCGACUUUAAAUUAUGCAAUUCGGAUAAUGUAAGCUCGGUUGUAAAAUAUAUGUACUUCAGUUCACGAUAACAAACUUUCUGAAGAUAGAUUAUAACUGCAAACUUUUCGACUGGCUCUAUAAAACUACCAAAAUACUUCUACUAGUAAAAUUCUAAUGUAUGUGUGUUUUAUAUUUUCGUUUAUUCCAUCUAAAUAGUGUUUCAAAUAUUUUUCUGGGUAACAGGAAUUGAUAUUGUUCAUGUGUUAAUUUCUCUUAUCAUAGAUGUUUACUUUAGACUAAGUUUUAACUAUACUGUAAAAU